AUGGGCAGCGAGUUUUCCUUCGUUUUAUCUGAUCCAAACCUCGGCGAUCUGGAUUGUCUUGUCAAUGGUCAAUCUGUCGCUGCCAAAUCCGGCAAACGCUUCCAUGUUGUCGAUCCAGGCUCUGGGAAAUCCUGGGCAUCCUGUCCGGAUUGUCGCCAAGAAGACGUGGAAGCCGCCGUUCAGUCGUCAUAUCGAGCUUUCCAGACGUACUCCAAAUGGACGCCUAGGCAGAGAGCUCAGACGCUGCUGAAAUGGCACCAGGAGAUUGUUGCUGCACGGGAUGAUCUGGCCAAGAUCCUCGUCUAUGAGACGGGAAAGCCUCUUGCUGAAGCCUAUGGCGAGAUCGACUAUGCAACGACCUUUACCUGGUGGUUUGUUGGCGAGGCGGAGCGCGUUCAGGGAACCUCCAUCGUCUCGGCAAUUCCUGGCCGGCGAGCAGUUACGAUUAAGCAGCCGAUUGGCGUUGCUGCGGCUCUCGUACCUUGGAACUUCCCCAUUGCCUUGACGCUCAGAAAGGCGAGUGCUGCUCUCGCAGCUGGCUGUACCAUGAUCGUCAAACCCUCGCCCGAAACUCCCAUCACGGCCCUGUCGGUAGCACGACUUGCAUUGAAGGCGGGAUUUCCCCCGGGGGCACUCAACGUGCUGACAACAAGCCUUGAAGGCACGCCAGAACUAGCAGAGGCCCUUUGUUUGCAUCCGCUGGUCAAAAAGGUUACAUUUACCGGAAGUACCAGAGUCGGGAAGAUCAUCGCCAGUCUGUGUGCGCGAAACUUGAAGAAAUCGACAAUGGAGCUCGGCGGAAACUGUCCCUUUAUCAUUUUUGAUGACGCCAAUCUUGACCAGGCGCUUGGACAGCUGAUGGCACUCAAGUGGCGACAUGCAGGUCAGGCCUGCGUUUCCUCAAACCGAGUGUAUGUUCAGAGAGCCGUCUACGAUAAGUUUGUCGACCUCGUUGUCAGUGCCACGUCUCAGCUAAAGAUGGGCCACGGUAUGAAUGAGGGAACAACGCUGGGCCCAGUCACAACACCCAGGAGCCUUGACAGGGCUGAAUACAUGGCUAAGGAUGCUCUUGUAAAGGGAGCAAAGCUGGUACUUGGGACUGGCCUCAGAGAUGGUUCAGGCAGCGGAGGCUACUUCAUGGCACCGGCAAUCUUGACAAAUGUCACGGACGACAUGCUCAUGAGUCAGGAUGAGAUAUUUGCACCUUUGCUGGGUCUUUCGGUAUUUGACUCUGAAGAGGAGGUCGUCCAGAGGGCGAACAACACAGCUAUGGGUUUGACUAGCUAUGCCUUUACGAAGAAUGUUGACCGACUUUGGAGGCUGUUUGAAUCGCUUGAGGCAGGCAUGGUUGGCUUGAACACCGGCAACAAUUCUUCAGCAGAGGCGCCAUUCGGAGGCAUCAAAGAGAGCGGCUCAGGCAAGGAAAGUGGCAAGGAUGUGGCGAUUGAGGAGUUCAUGGUGACGAAGAGCGGAACAUUUACCAUUGAAGGCUUGUAG